UAAGUUACUGAUUUAAAUGUUUAUUUACAAAACAAUAAAGAAAUAAAUUUUUUUUAAAUAUAUGAUCACUCCCCCGCACUCGGAAGUAAACAAUAAGCUCACAUGUUUGGCCAACAUGGCUGUAGUUAACAAGCAUACUAUUUGUCACUGAAGGAAGCGAGUUAUAGAAAUAUAAUCUAUCUUUGUUAUAUUUUUAAGUAUCAAACAGUGUAAAAAACUAUUUGCUUUAAGUACAAAACGUCUGCAGCAGGAUGAGCAACAUUUACAUCCAGGAGCCGCCUUCAAAUGGAAAGGUGCUGUUGAAGACCUCAGCAGGCGACAUUGACAUUGAGUUGUGGUCUAAGGAGGCUCCUAAAGCAUGCAGGAACUUUGUGCAACUGUGCAUGGAAGGUUAUUAUGAUGGCACGGUAUUUCACAGAGUGGUGCCUGAAUUCAUUGUUCAGGGGGGAGAUCCCACCGGAACGGGAACGGGUGGAGAAUCCAUCUACGGUCGUCCAUUCAAGGAUGAAUUUCACUCCAGACUGCGCUUCAAUCGGAGAGGUUUGGUUGCCAUGGCGAACGCUGGCCCACAUGAUAACGGCAGUCAGUUUUUCUUCUCGUUGGGACGCGCCGAUGAGCUCAACAACAAACACACCAUAUUUGGAAAAGUCACAGGAGACACAGUCUAUAACAUGCUCAGACUGGCAGAUGUUGAAUGCGACAACGACGAGAGACCUUUGAAUCCCCACAAGAUCAAAACUGCAGAGGUGCUUCACUCUCCGUUUGAUGACAUUGUACCUCGUGAAACAAAGAAAGCCAAGAGGGACAAGGAUAAAGAGGAGGGAAAGAAAUCACAGUCAAAAGCCACAAAGAACUUCAGUCUGUUAUCGUUUGGAGAAGAAGCUGAGGAGGAGGAGGAGAUGGUGAAUCAAGUGAGCCAGACGCUGAAGGGAAAAAGCAAAAGCAGCCACGACCUUCUGAAAGAUGAUCCCAGGCUGAGCUCUGUUCCAGCGGUUGAUAAAAAAAAGAAGAAGAAGACACCAGGAGACACAGCUGAGACCGACGAUGCGGCCGAUGGCGAUGUGGAAGAUGACGUGGAUGCAGAUGAAGAGUAUGACUCGGAUGAGAGAGAGAAGAUGAGGGAGCUCGUCAGUAACAAGCUGAAGAAACUAAAAGAAGCAGAGAAAAACGCAGAGGAGGAGCAGCCAGAGAAGAAGAGCAGCCGCAGUGAUGAAUUGCGGAAAGAGGCGCGGCAGUUGAAGAAGGAACUACAGGCCAUAAAGCAAAGGAAAGAAGAAGGCUUUAAACCCGCAGUAGAUGAAGUCAAGGAGGUGGAUGAAAAGCCAAACAACGAGGCCGUGGCUGAGUUUCUGGAGGGACGAAAGAAGUACGAAGAGCAGCGGAAACAAAAACUGAAGAAAGGCUCAACCAGAGAACAACAGACACUGGCCCUCCUCAGUCAAUUCAAGUCCAAGCUAUCUUCAGCCAUCACUGAUGAGGCUCCAGAGGCCGACGUGGAGGAGCUGGCAGAGGACGACGACAAAGGAUGGAUGGGCCAUGUUCUGCAGUUUGAUGAGCAAACCAGAAAAGUCAAGGAUGCCAACAUGCAGGACGAGGACACGUUUGAGAUCUACGACCCGCGCAACCCCGUCAAUAAACGAAGGAGAGAGGAGAGCAAGAAGAUCAUGCAGGAGAAGAAGGCCAAGAGGUGAGGUCGGGAGGUCGCGGGGUCAGGUCCUGCCCAAGCCAUGUGACCGUAAAACUGGUCAAACGGCAUCUUGAGUGUCCGCUUCUCCAGCACUUCAAAACCCGGCAUUCUGCUGGCUCGAACAUCUGGAUUAAGGAUGCUGACCCAUACGAUCCCUGUAAUCUGUGAUGGAAAGGCUUCCUCACCUGGAACAGCUGCAGCCGGUAGACCUUCAGUGACUCAUCUGGAUUAAAGCCGUUGUCAUAGUAACAAUAAAGGUCUUCACAUCAUUACAUGUAAUGUUAACUUUUGUUAUGCCGUUCUUCUUCUGCUUAAAUGUGACUGUUAAACUUUCAAAUAAAUAGCAUUUAUA